UUGGGGUUGGCCUCAGCAGGAGGCUCUUCCCUGGUGCUGUCUAGCCCUUCUUUUAUAGGUACUCUACAAGUACCAGCUCCAACUGCUCACCAGUGGAAAACCUUCCCUGCUGUUCUCACUGCCUCCAAGGAGGUACUUGCGGCCACCAGCCUCUCUCUACUUCGUGGUAGUCACCUUAACAACGCCUCAUCCCCACCAACACCUUCAAAGCUCGAAGCUUCAGUAAGAUCUUCAUUAGCAGGAAAUAGGUGCCAUGUCUGCUGUUGCAGAGCGGGAGCCUGGAUUACCUGACCAAGAGCAAGAGGGUGGUGGGAUGGGGCACGACGCUGGACAAAUUGUCUUGCAUGUGUUACCAAUCGAAGAGAAUGUUGAUGACGUCGAUGGUACCGCAGCAUUUCUGGUAUCACAGGCAGUGGCGAGAGCUAUUAUGGAGGAAGAGCGUAGGCAGGAGGAGAUAUGGCCUGAUAUCGAGGACAACUGGCCUGAUAUCGAGAACAUCUGGCCUUAUGUCGAGGACAUCUGGCCUGUUGUCGAGGAAGCCUGGCCUGAUGUUGAAGAGGACUGGUAUGUCUGGAAUAGUGACCAAGAGAACGAAAUAGUUCAGGAGGAAGCUGAAGACGACCAGGACUACAAUAAUGAAGAAGAGGAGGAGGAGGACAAUAAAGAUGAUGACUAUGAAUAUGAGAAGAAAGGAGAAGAUGAGGUUGAGGAUCAGGGGAAGGAGAUCAUCCUGCAUGCUGUGAGUUCACCUAAGGGGGUUUAG